CCUUUAAUUUUUUUUUCUUUUAUAUUUCUUAUUUCAGGUGGCAAGGUUCCUUAUGAAGACUAUUUCUCAACUAGGUACUGGGAAACAGCCUGUUGGUACAACAGCAUAUAUGGGAAGAAUACAGCAUUUGAUGCAGAGCAAAUGUGAUGUUCUCACAGCUGAGGACUGGUUGAAACCUUCAGUUAUACUGGAAGCAUUUGAAGCUAGAGCCAUUAGAAUGGCUGUGAAGUGUGCCAAAGACAUUAGUCAGUUCCCAAGCCAAGAAGAUGGUUUCCAUGAGCUCUCUGCUGAUUUGAUGGAGGCGGCAAUUGCUCAUUGUCAACUAAUCAUUGUAUCCAAAUUCAUUGACAAGGUUCAAGAAGACAUACAAGGACGUGGAGUUAAAGAAGUGCUCCAGAUUCUCUGCAGUGUCUAUGCUCUCUCUCUGGUUCAUAAGCACCUUGGCGAUUUCAUCACGACAGGGUACAUUACACCCAAACAAGGUGCACUAGCUAAUGAGAAACUUCGAUCUCAAUAUUCCCAGCUUCGCCUUAAUGCUGUUGCACUAGUCGAUGCGUUUAACUACACUGAUCACUAUCUGGGUUCAAUUCUUGGUCGCUUUGAUGGAAAUGUGUAUCCCAACCUCUAUGAGGCGGCAUGGAAUGAUCCACUAAAUGAUUCAGUUGUGCCCGAUGGAUACCAUGAGUACAUCAAGCCCUUGAUCCAGCAGAAGCUGGCAGCAUCAAGGCUGUGAAGAUACUAUUAUUCUAAUAGCCUUACCGAAUGAUUAUUUUUUCUUUUAUAUUUUGGCACUCCAGAGGGAGGACCUCCUAGCCAUCUAUAUUCAAUAAGGACUAUUAGCAAGUAGAAAAACUUAGUCCGAUGAUGAUUUAAUUCUAUCAUGUAGAUGAUGUCGUUUAGAAUUGUAAUUGUGCGUGGAAUUUGGGCUUUAGCAGUCAUGAGGUAAUGAGCUCUCAUUUGCUUGGAUCUCAA